GAGGAGGAAGAGUUCAUCCUGUGUGAAGUGGGUAACUUCGCCGUCAGUCAGUCCUCCUCCCUCCACGCAGCAGCAGGAAAGUGAAGCCCACCUUCUACUUCCCUUCACUCUGCGCGCGCAUCGACAACUAUUUCUGUCCGCGUUUUCUGAAUACUUACUUCGGCGCGCGAGCGAGCGAGCAUCAUCCGCUAGAUUCCUGCGGUGACAGCCGGACACGCGCCUUUCAAAGUCACAGCAAAGUCGACCUGAAAGGUUUCUCUGCUAAAAACCAGUGUCUGCAGCCGUCGCUUGCCGAAGUGAUGUUUCCCAAGGCCACUGCCAAAUUCGUCCGUCAGGUUGACCAUGAAGGAAGCCUCAUACCUGUGUCCCGACUGAACGACUCGGAGAAGCUGGAUCUCAUGGCGCUCGUCGUCAAAAGCAAAAGAUGGUUCUUUCAAAAACCCAACUACCAACCGACCGAUUUCACCCUCGGUGACUUGCUGCUGGGCGAUGAGGUGCUCAAACCUGAAGUGUCUGAGAAGCCCUUCGUGACCUUUAAGGGGACUUUUAGAAACCGCCUCUCUGGGAGCUUUGACGCUGAAGUAAGCUCUGUCAACUUAGCACUGGAGGGAAGAGGCACUUACAAACGGCAUACCAACUUUGGCCAGUUGAAGAAGGAGGAACUGAGUGUAAAGAAGCUUUGGAAUGACUCCAGAGACAGGCUCGUGGACAUGCAGCACGUGCUGGUGCAGCAGAUCAAGAAAAGAGCGGAAGUGUUGGCGUUGGUGAAGGAGAGGAUCCUCACCACCACCUCCUGUCCCAUCGAACAGCAGACAACGGAGCAGUGCAAAUUGAUGGGGAAGCUGGGAUUGCCGGGAAGCCCUUUCAAAGGUUGUCUGAAGCAAAGCAACAGCGUUGAAGUGGACAGUGACCUCUCCAUGGAGAUCCCGGCUGGCACAGUCAUUGCCUACAGCAUUUUGGAACUGGAGAUUAGAAAAGAUGGACGCUGCACCAUCUGCCUGCAGCCCAGCGUGAAAGGAGGGUUCGAGGCGGACUCGAUGUCGACCUCCGACCUCGACCUGUAUGACGUCGAUAGCUGCGUCCAGCAGCCUUUGAGUGCACAUCUGAACGGAGCUCAAGAGCUUGACCUCUGUCCUCUGGCAGAACUCCCAGAGUCGACUCGUUGUGCCUUUUUCGGGAUGCUACAGGAGGCUAUGACGGACCGGCCUGCUCUGACAUCUCUACAGUUUGUUCUGGAAGAGUUGUGUAAUGGCGAAACACUCACAGCUAAAAAUGGUGAGUGCUCAGAGGAUCAGGAGAUGUUAUUGGCAGCCAUCUUGGACCAAGUGGGCUCCGACAGGCACUCUGGAGACGGCAUCCCUGCUCCGCUGAGCGCAGCUCACCAGUUGGUCAGUGCAAUUGAAGCGCUUCCGGAUGAAACUCUGAACCUUCUGAGCAGGAGCAGCCAGGAAGACCUGAAGGCUUUUGACACGCUGAUGUGCAGGUUGAAGGAGAGCAGCAAGCCUGUGUCCGUGCACUCUCUCCCCGUCCUGUUGCGGGACAGCCAGCGCCUGCAGAUGGCCGAGCAGCUGUUCGGCUCGGCAAAAGUCACCCUGAGGAGAGACGCCGACUGCCUGUGGGCGGAGGCUGAGAGACGUGCUGGAGUGCUUCCCCUGGUCCUGUACCUCAGCAUACAUGGACUGGCUGUGCUGUGCAGCGGGCUGAAGUAGUCGCGGUGUGUUGCAUCUGCACCAUACUUCACUAAAGUGAUGGUAUUCUUGUUAUUCACUUAAUGUUUGUUGAGUAAGCUUACUACACAUUGUAAUUUGUAUUAUUUUUUCAUCAAAAAAAAUAAUUUUUCAAUAUAGUACAGAACACUUCUUUGCUACUUUGCUAUUUUCUUACAUGUAUUUUCUACAUAUACAGACCUAUUCGUGGGUGAACAAUCCAACUACAUAUACAACACAAGCACUUGAUAUUUUUGCAUUUGAAAAAGAAAUAUAUAUUUAAUACUUAGGAGGAAAAGUAGGAACAUGGAUUUACUGUUGCUUUUUUGUGUUAUUUUAUUGUUGAAAAGCCCAGUAUUUGACCAGGCAUCUUCCGUACCUCCAUUGAGGUUUGUUUCUUCAUUGAUUUUAAACCUUUUAGUAGGAGAUUGAUAAUUAAAGCAAUUCUGAUUGCUGAGCUCAAGAAAUGUUUACAUGUAAACAAAUGCAUGCCAAUAAGUCACAAUACUUUGAAUGUGUAUUGCUCUACCCAUGUCAUGUGGAAGCUGAAGCACAUGACCGUUGCUAAUGAGAUUUGAGAAAUGAUGCUGCUCCAGAUUCCACAGAAUAUUUUUAACAUUCCCUGUGAUCCUGGUGUUUGAUUGAUGAAUUGUUUUUUAAAAGGCACUAUUUACAUUUAGUGCAUAAAUUGAUGUAUUGUAACUACAAGGUUACAUGAAGCUGCUCUUGCCAUGGCUUCUCUGCCACUUUAUAAUUUAUUGUUUAAAAAAGAAACUUUAUGCUUUUUAAGAUAGAUUGAAUACAAUCUUCACUUAUAUGUAUUAGUGUCAUUUAGCAUUUAUAUCAUGCAAGAAACACCAAGUUUUUUAUAUACUGCAUGAACAGUGUGUCCUAGAGAUGGACAGUUUCAGUCAUCUCUCUUGGAAACAAUAAAAUUGUAGUUUUG